ACGCGACACACACCAUACCCACGCGCACGCACGCACAGUCCUAGCUAAGCUAAGCUAAACAGCAGCGAGCAAUGGCGUCCACCUCCUGCUUCCUCCACCAGUCCACCGCGCGCCUGGCUGCCUCGGCGCGCCCUGCUCCCGCCGUCGGGCGCACCCAGCUGUUCGUCUGCAAGGCGCACAAGAAUGACGAGGCUGCAUCUGACGCUGCUGUCGUCACCAGCCGGCGCGCCGCGCUGUCCCUCCUCGCCGGUGCCGCCGCCGUCGCCGUCAAGGUCUCUCCCGCCGCUGCCGCCUACGGAGAAGCAGCGAACGUGUUCGGCAAGGCGAAGAAGAACACGGACUUCGUGGCGUACAGCGGCGAGGGGUUCAAACUGAUGAUCCCGGCCAAGUGGAACCCCAGCAAGGAGCGUGAGUUCCCUGGGCAGGUGCUCCGUUACGAGGACAACUUCGACGCCACCAGCAACCUUUCCGUUAUAAUCAACCCCACCACCAAGAAAACCAUCACCGACUACGGUUCCCCUGAGGAGUUCCUCUCCCAGGUCGGCUUCCUCCUCGGCCAGCAGUCCUACGGCGGCAAGACCGACUCCGAGGGCGGCUUCGAGUCAGACGCUGUGGCGACGGCCAACGUGCUCGAGAGCUCGGCGCCGGUGGUGGACGGUAAGCAGUACUACAGCAUAACGGUGCUCACCAGGACCGCGGACGGAGACGAGGGAGGGAAGCACCAGCUCAUCACCGCCACCGUCGCCGACGGCAAGCUCUACGUCUGCAAGGCGCAAGCCGGAGACAAGAGGUGGUUCAAGGGCGCCAAGAAGUUCGUCGAGAACGCCGCAGGAUCCUUCAGUGUCGCAUAAAUAUACAUGACCGAUCGGCGAAUUUAAUGGAAUCUCCUCAGGGAAGCACCGUGUAGAGACCGAUCCAGGGCAUGCAUGUGUGUUUCUUUGAUUUGUACAUGAGGAUGGAUGAACUAAGAGGUCGAUUUCCCUCAAGGAUUCAUGUGUGCACAAUGAUUAAGAAAUCUUAGUAAUAAUGUUUCAUUUUUGUA